UCCAGUUCUACGAUUACCACUCUCCUUCUUGAUCUCAAUUUUCAAUUUUUUUCAGAAAUCCUCAGAGAAACUGAUCUCUCUCUCUCUCUCUCUCUCUCGCUUGUUCAUCACCGACCCAGAAAUCUUUGCCCACCACAUCCCCAUUCUUGAUCCUGGCAUUUUCUCGAAUGCGUGGUGAGCUUCGUUUGCGUUAAUCAUGGAAGAUAUUGAUGGACUCAGCCCAGAAGAAAAAAAUAUCCUCGGAUUCAUAACUUCUUUUCUCGACAAUGACUCUGUUGUGCAAGCCUCUUUAGCGUCAGAUGGGUGUUGGAAAUUCGCCUGGGAUUCACUCACCGCCGUUCUCGACUUCGAAUACGGCCCAAGCAACACCGAAAGAAAUCUUUUCACAAUGUUCGUCAACGGCGUUCUUGCUCACCGUGAUAACUCUCCUAUCAGCAUGCUCCGCUUCGCUGCCCUCGCAAAAAUCGACACAGUACUUAUAGAGAAGUGUGUACAAUAUGCCUUGAUCCACCAUGCCCGAGAACUCGACAUUGGAGCGUUUUGUGAUGAGACAUUCUUUGAAAUGCCAUCCGAGUUCUAUAUUAGCCAGUCUCUGAGAGUGUUAAAGUUGAGCAAUGCUACUCCUACCAGAUUGAUUUUGAACCAAACAGUGGCCUUAACGAAUUUGAAGUUUCUUCAACUCAAGAACUUCUUGUUUACGCAUCUGAAUUUCAAUGCACAGAUCUUUUCUGGGUGCCCAAAUCUUGAAACUUUGGUUUUGCGCAAAUGUGCCAUUAGUCCUGGGGAUAAACUGAAGGUUUUGAAUGUUUCAGGGGAUAAACUCAAUGAGAUACAGAUAUUACCUGGGAGAUUUCCUUGGGCCUAUGUUUAUGAUCAACAAAUAGAGAUUUGUGCACCAAGACUCGCUUGUUUUAAGUGCAAAGGCACUGUUCCUGAACUGUGCUUUAAGGGAGCCAUGCCUUGUUUAGACAGUUUGUACAUAGACUUGAGCCAUCCAAGUUCUUAUGAAACGGCUGUUGUGGACGAGAGAAAGGAGAAGAUGGAGGAGAUUUUGAUUAACAUGAUUGGUGAUCUCUGCAACAUGAUAUAUAUCUUUCUGUCCUCGAAGACCAUUGAGAUUCUUUCUGCUAUUCCCAAUCUGUGUGAACGUGGAGCCUCAACAUUUGGCAAUUUGAGGUCUCAAAGUUUGAGAGCAGAUAAUAGACACACAGACAAAAAUGGAUCUUUUGAUGCGACGGUCGACACACCUAGGAGCUCUGCCAGUGAGGAGUCCUUGGUCUCGGAACCCCCCAAGGAACACAACCUGCCUACAUUUUGUAAUUUGAAGUGUCCAAAUUUGGCAUCCAACAGUAAAGGGAAAGACUUGCUCAGUGUACCAUCUCGUGUUAUGUCCUACUUACUCCAAAGCUUUCCACAUGCAAAUUCUAUAACUUUCGAGCUUACUGAGGUCUCAUCUGAUGAAGAAGACUAAUGAGA